GUGAAGAAUGUUCAGCAGUGCUUUGAGGGCUGUUCUGUGUGAAGGUACUUGUGUCACCACUGCUGAGCUGAACACCGGUGAAGAGAGAUCAUGCAUCCCUUUGGCCGUGAAGCAGAAAGCUCAUUGGAGGACCUUUUUGUUUACUUUAAGAAGUGUCUGCAGCAUGGAGAGUGGGAGCUAGCCAGUGCCUGUGUACCUCAGCUGCUGAACUCUCCUGGAGAACUCUCAGAAAACCUUUGGGACAUAAUCAAGUCUAUAGUCUGUCAUCCAUAUGAUUUAAAAUGGCAGUCCUUGGGCAGUCCACACAAACUGGCAUGGUAUUGGCUUCAGGUUUUGGAGAAAUUGUCAGAAGAACAAGUUUCUAUUACUGUCAGAAGAGAGCUGGAGUUUUUGCUUCUUUUGGAACAGUUAGGGUCAGAGGGCAUACCAACAGCUCUAAUCAAGGAAUUACAUCAAUUUUUUACAACCCCUUACACUGACAAAACAGCCCCAGAUGUUCUGAGAAAAACAAAUGCUGCGAUUGACUCUUGUCUUCAUAUAUUAUUGGACAAAAAUAAUCCAAGACUUGCACAGUCUUUAGUGUACUUCUUGCAGCCAUGCUCAGAAGAAUCUACCCUUCAGCAACCAUUCAUUCAGCACCUCAUAAAGAAACUGGAGAUGUCCGAGAUGAGUUCAGAGAAGGAAGAGGAGUGGGUAAACAACAUCUAUGCUGUAUUAUCAGUGAUACAGUGGAACUCCAGUACAAAUAAUGGACAGUUUGAAGUCUUGUGUGAAGCGUUGUGGACAGCCAGAGAGGGCCCGCUCAAAGAAGAGAGGGUCCUGAGCUCCCUGCUGAGGCCACGAUGUUAUACACUCAUCUCUGUAUACAGCUUGACUGCUGUGAGGCUGCAGAGGGACCAUCUCCUCAGGACUGGACCAAAUACACAAAUCGAUCUCCCUGAAGCCCAGAAGCUCACCCUUAACAUGUGUAGCCAUAAAGAUCGUCCCUCAAUUUGGAAAACCAUCUAUUUCGAGUGCCUUAGUAGUGGAAAACAUUUUCUUGAACAAGUUUUGGUCACUGCCCUUGACCUGAUUAAACAUGAAGAGUUUGCGCAGCUCAAAGAUUUGCUUCACUUGGAGUUUCAGCCUUUGUCUCGCCUUAUUUUGCUGCUGGGAUGGACUCAGUGUCGCAGCCUGAACUCUGGUCAAACACUGCUCAGUAUCCUCCAUAAUGAGCAGGUGGCUGCUAAUGAUACAGUUCUGCAGGAGUUUGCUAAUGUUUUGUCAUCUCAGCUGGGGAUACUUGAAUGGUGUAAAAACAACAACCCGGAAAUUUCAACAGAACCAUUAUUGGCACAACUUCACAGCCUGGACAAUCAUUCGGCUCUUUAUAUUCUACAUUCCUUAACUCCACUUGCUCAAUUUGAAGAGCACAAAAUACUAGAUCUGCUUAAACAACUGCCAAAACACCAGCAAGCAACAGAUGAUACGGAGGGCAUUCAUAACUUUAUGAACUCUGGUGACCUGAGGAACAUUGCUUUGUUCCAAGGCUUUUGUGCUAUGAAGUAUGCAGUGUAUGCCUUGUGUAUAAAUGCCCAUAAAUACACCAACUGCUCUGAGUGCGGGUCCAAGCAGCAGGACGAAAUAUCUCAAGCAGCAAACCACCAAACCUCAACUUCCUCUGAAGGAUGCCAAGUGGUUUUCCAGCGCUACCUAUCCGAAUGCCAGCAUUACCUAGAGGCCGUGCCUGCUGUAUUUCGUCUGGAGCUCAUGGAAAACAUCUUUUCACUACUUUUCUUAUCCAGCACGGACUUUACCCUGUCAGUUAUCAAAGACACAACAACAUCAUCCGACUCAAAUGCUCAAACUUCAAAUCCAAUGAAAGAGAGGACAGAGGAGAUUGAAGAAGGCUACAGAGAAAGUGAAAGCAUGUCACCAUCUUGUUCAACACUGAGGCAUCAUUUGGACUUGGCACAUUUUAUCCAGAGCUGUCGGGGUUUUUUGGUGGAUACCAGUGCCAUGGAAGGACUUCUGAAGUUGCUGAAAGAGUUGCUGGAUGGCCUGAGUGCUUUGGCUCAGCAGGAUACCCUUCUCAUAGAUGCAGAGUUGGCAGAAAGCAUUGGCUGUUCGGUGACCCCAGACUCCUUUAUGGCCAGGCUACAGAGGCUAACCAAACGCACUGCAGAAGCUCAGUGGAGACUUCAGAUCAUCUCCAGUAAUCACAACAGUACAGAUGGUAUGGAAAGCCCACUUCAGACCUCAACAUUUAGUUUUCCUACAUCAUCUCUGGGCCGUAGUAAAAGUUCAAGUCUGAGGAGGAGGAGGCGACAUGGAAAACACUCAGCAGAAAGAGAAAACUCAGUAGAGAAACACAAUGGUGACGUGAGCACCAGUGCAUCAGAAAGCAAUGGGGGGUCUAUGCACCCCGAUCUGGAGGUGUGUCCAUGUGGAGGACCUCACAGUUGGCUGGUCCCAGCCAUGUUGUCCUCCCCAGAGUCUCUGCUCAUAUCCUGCAUCCGGACAGGGAACUUCAUGGAGGCACAUCAUGUGUCUCAGAUGUUUAACCUGGAGGCAUCUGCAUGCUGUGGAGAGCUGUUGUUUAUGGAGCACUAUAAGAAGGUGUUGGUGGAGCUCGGACAGGUGGAGCAGAAGAUGGAGAGUCAGUCCAUGUCGUCAUCCUCAUCCUCAGAGGGGCUGGGGUCUGUCGUUCCAGCCGGAGCAGGGAGAACCAGACUGGGCAGCAGUGGCAGGACAACACUGCAGGCCAUUGGAAGUGCUGCUGCUGCUGGAGUUGCUUUCUACUCUAUCUCCGACAUAGCAGACCGCCUCUCGAGUACAGCGGCCCACCCUAUGCCCUGUUUGGAGGAGGACUACUGGAUUCGUCAGUGCCCCUCUGAUAACUAUGGGCUCCUGUUCACUCUGCUGGAGGAGCUGAGCCCAGCCGCAAUGGCAGCUUUCGACCUGGCCUGCUGCCACUGCCAACUCUGGAAGACGUCCCGACAGCUCCUGGACACGGCUGACAGGAGGCUAAGCACCAGUCAUGAGGACAGAGGUGUGAGAGUGGACCCCAAACUACCCCAUUCAGAGGGCAUCUGUGGAUUUCCGAUGGUUUUACAACAAAUAAACAAAAUCUUGAAUCAUUCUUCGUCAAAUAAAAGUUCAACCAAAACAGACUCUCCAGUCGAUGAGGUUUUUUCAAGCCCGUUCAGUAGCUGUGUUCAGGAGGUGCUUUUGUGUUGUUACCCGACGCUCAGUGAGGAGUCCAUCUCUUCUCGUCUCGCUUUGGCUCAGAGACUGGAGAGCACUCUGCAGAUCCUCAGCACAGCCACCAAGAGCACAGAGGGUACAGUGGGUAGCCCUCUCCUGGAUCUCUUGGUGGAGCAAUCUCGUUUGAAGCAGGCAGAGUUGGACUCCCACCCAGUGCGCUCCAACAUGAAGCAGCUGCUCCGGUCUCUGGACCAGCUCUGCCCCUUUGAGCCCGAUGGAGAACUCUCCAGACCCGAUUAUGUCCGCAGUUUCCUUGACUACAUCAACAUCCUAGCUUCUGUUCUAGUGCGCAGCCUUGGAUCAGAUGAUAACAGUGGAGGUGUCAAACUUGGAAAUCCCCUCUUGGUGCUGCUUCAAGCUCCAUCUCAACUUCUGUCCCACCUGCUGUUUGACAGACAAGUGUCCCCUGACAGGGUGCUGUCUCUGCUGCAGCAGGAGGGCUUACAGCUCAGCGUUCAGGUGAUUGUUCAGAGAUGCUGUGAAACUUUACCUGUUUUGGACUCCUCUCCUGGAUUUGACAUAGAUCUAAAUGAAGACCUCAACAAAAACAGUAUUUUUGGUGUUGCUACCUUAUCUCUCUUGCUCCAAGAACACAUGCAGGAACAUAUGUCCACUUUGGGAAUUACAAGGAACAGUCAAUUUGAAAUCAGCUCUGAAUCUGACGAAGACCAGUCGACCACUCAAAGUAGCCUCUCAAACUCUACACUUUCCUUCACAUGUUCACAACCUCCUCCAAUGUCUUUUCUUAUUACCCCAUCUGCAUUAACCUUUCUAAAAUCACGUUCCUCAUUGUUAGCUACGUUAGCUUGUCUUAGCUCUAGCAAAGGAGAACCAGCAAAAACUCAAAAAUCUUUCUUUUGGAGUGGGCGCAAAGAGGUAGUCCUUGAAGGUGAGCAAAUUGGUAAAGAAGUUGAUGGCCUUCUGAAAGAAUUCCCUAUACUGCGGUCUUAUAUCUAUUCAAUGGUGGAACCAAUCCUAGACGUCCCAUUAGGAGAGGGGGAUGAAGCUGGCCUAGGCACUGUCCUCUGUGGGAAAGCCCUUGUUAGGUUACUGUUUUCUGGACCACAUGAAGAAGUGACCCAAACUGUUGCUGCAGAGGCAUUCAAACAAGCCCUAAUCUCAAAGGAUCUGAAAAGGGCAUUGAACCUGCUGGAGCUGUUUGGACAGGGCUGCAGCCAGGAGGGGGCACUAAGAGACCGAUUACUGGCCUGUGCUGCACUAGAAGAUGGUGACAAUGGUAUUGGUCACCUCUUUCGUGUUCAGGACCCUCACCUUCGGGCCCAUGUGACCCUGAAGUCCCUGGAUCGAUGGCCCCUAACGUCUUGCCUGGAGCUGCUGGAGUUCUGCCUCAACAGCCCUCUUACUGACUCACCACUGCGGGCCGACUUAGAGCUCAGGAAGAAGGAGCUGGAUAUCUAUUGCUGGAUGUUAAAUUUACAGCCACCUUUACCCUGGACGACAUGGCAAGAGCUGCGUGUUGAGUCAAGAACAAACUCAGAGUACUUAAUGUCUACAAUGCUGGAGGCAAAGGAGUUUGCUCUUUGUGCCCAGUGGGUCGAGCUGUAUCCUGUGUCCGACCAGCUGAGACUCAAACUCACCACUGAACAUUUACUACAUCUGUUGGAAAAGGGACAGACUGACAAAGCUUUUCAGCUGCUGGAGGGCCUUUCAGAUUACUCCGUGGGCCUAAAAGUGUGUGAACAGGCCCUGGAUAAACAUCCCGGGCUGUCAGCUUGUCACUUUUUGGCCGAUUACCUCAUGCUGCAUUUUGAGAGGCAGGUGUCACCUACCCGAAGAAGGCACAUACAUGCUCUUCACCUGGGGUCAAAGGUGUUGCUGACCCUGCCCCCCGCUGCGAGGCAGGACUACUUCCCUCUUCUGUCGGAGCCUCUGCUGAUGCUGGAGCAGUUAUUGAUGAACCUGAAGGUGGACUGGGCGGGACUGGCCGUGGGGACGCUCAGGGGUCUUCUGGUAGGACAGGAAGCAGGAUUCAGCCCUGAAGACAUCGACACUAUUUUAGCCGAAUAUGCCUCCAAAGCUCUGGACUUCUCCUGCGCCCCAAGCCAGAGGUCUCGAUCUGAUUCUGUAAUAAGUCUCCAGGAGGGUCUGCUGCAGUGUCCAGCUCAGGACACGAGCUCCUCUUCAUCCAGCCGAAUUGACUCACCAACUGGUUCCACAAACAGCACACCGACUCACACGCCUCACUCGAACAGCACAGAGAAGGACAAAGUUUCAGUGGGUAAAAAGCGUAAUUUAUCAGUGAAAUUUCAGCCCCCAGAGCACCCUCCAGCUCAGAAAGACUGGGUCCCAGACACUCAGCACAGUGUCUGCAUGGUCUGCCGGAGAGAAAGGUUUACUAUGUUCAACCGGAGACAUCACUGUCGGCGAUGCGGACGCCUGGUUUGUCAGACCUGUUCUGAGAAGAAGAUGAACUUGGAUGGAUGUCCCGGAGAGGAAGUGAGAGUCUGUGACCAGUGUUAUGCCUUCUUUCACCCUGAAUCUGACGAUGAGGAGGAACCAGAUGAAGAUCCCAGCAGUCCCAGAGCACCAGAGGACGCUGUCCAAGGGACACUACAUCUUCCUGAAGUCACCCAUCGACAAAUACAGCUGUGCACAAACCCGGCAGAAAACCAACUGCUCCGAAGUGAAUUUUAUUUUGAACAGGCCCCAUGUGCACCCCUCUGCGUGGCCAUUCUGUCUCUACACAGUGACCAAAAGUCCUGUGGUCAUCAGCUCAUUGCCCACUGUCGCUCCCUGUCCUGUAAACUGACCAACCCCGAGGUGGACGCGUGUCUCCUCACCGACAUCAUGAAGCAGCUUCUGUUCAGUGCAAAAGUCAUGUUCGUUAAGGUCGGACGCAGCCAGGACCUCGCCUUGUGUGACAGCUACAUAAGCAAGGUUGAUGUACUGAAGAUUCUGGUGAUGGCCAAUUACAAAUAUAUUCCUUCUUUGGAUGACAUUUUGGAGACUUCAGCAGUCACACGACUUCGUAACCAGCUGUUGGAGGCUGAGUAUUACCAACUAGCAGUGGAGGUUUCAACCAAGAGUGGGCUGGACCCAAAUGGAGUGUGGCAGGCUUGGGGCAUGGCCUGUUUGAAGGCGGGAAACCUCUCUGGAGCCAGGGAGAAGUUCGCCCGCUGCCUGAAGCCCCCCGUGGAUCGAAACCAGCUCAACCAGGGCCCACUUCUGCUACAAGAGAUCGUACAGCAUCUAGAGACCAGUGUUCGUCCUGCUCCAACUACUUCUUUUGUCGAGGAUAUUUUGGUGUCAUUGUAUGAGCUGGAGGAGGCCCUGAGUGAGAGUGGUCCCAUUGAGCGAUCGGACGGACAGAAGCGAAAUAGUUCAUUUCACCAGGAGUGUCUGUUUUACCUGAACACGUACGGGACACACUUGGCCCUCAUCAGCUUCUACAUGCGCCACGACUGUCUGCUGGAGGCGCUCAAACACCUUCUCAACAAGGAAUGUCCAGAUGAGGUGUUUUUGGAGGGCGUGCUGCAGCCCAGUCUGGAGCAGGGGCGACUUGGAUCUCUGGAGGAAGUUUUGGAAAAGCUGGACCCAGGUUUAGAAACAUGUAGCCGUUACCUCAUCGCCUCCUGUCAAUUCAUGCAACGCCGAGGACACUUUCACACUCUAUACCAGCUACAGCAGUUUAUGAUGGAUCAUGUGCGUGCUGCUAUGACUUGUAUCCGUUUCUUCACACAUGGAGCCAGUUCAUACCAUCAGCUUGGAGAGCAACAGAGCUGGUUGGUCAAAGCCAAAGAUCAUCUAAAGACAUAUCUCCAGGAGCAGCAGGGCAGAGGAGUGGGCAGGAGAAGAUCCCAAGUCAACUCCUUUAGGAAAACUAUGUCGGCCAGUGACGUUUCAAGGCAUAUGAAUACAAUUGAGCUGCAGUUAGAGACGACCCGGUUCCUUCAUCGCUGUGAGACAAAAACACAACAAACCAGCACAUUAUCAGUUAAAUCUGGAGCGCACUCGCCUCCUACACUGUUUGGAGGAAGUGCAAUGAAGAUUGAUGUUGCAUGCAAGGUGAUGCUUGGUGGAAAAAAUAUAGAAGAGGGGUUUGGCAUUGCAUACAGAGUUAUACAGGAUUUCCAGUUGGAGGCCCAGUCUGUCUACACUCGGGCCGGUCAGCUUCUUAUUCGACAAAGGAAAUACGCCGCAGUGAAGCAGCUCCUAAAGUGUGUUGGAGAAUCAGGAACGGCCACGAAAAAUGACUGUGACUCCCUGCUCCUCAGCUGUGUGUCCAGCGCUGACAAAGCACCAGCCGAUGCAAAGGAGCUGGAAAGUCUAAUUCUGGAGAUCAAGAGCACUGAAAGCAAGAUCAGAGCCUACCUGUCGUGCAGUAAGUUGCGGCCUGCGUACCUGUUAGCAGUGAAGUUGGACUCAAGUCGUGCAGGACCCCUGGUGCAGGAUGUCCUACAGGCAGCUGAGGAGGCCAAGGACUCUGUGAUGCUAAACAUCUGUCAACAGUGGCUUGCUGAACACCUCAAGUCUGUCCCACAACAGCGUCAAGGACGACCCAACGCCAGGUGAAAGGAACAGAGGGGUGAACCACAGCUGAAAAGCUGAACUGGAUACAAGUUGUGACAUAAAUUCAGAAAUACUAAAGUUUGCCAAUUUCUUUGUAAUAAGUAAUUUGAUUAGAAAUAUUCACUGUGAAGGCCGAUCUAUCUAUAAACCUUAAUUUGACUUGAGUGCAAUACCAUUCAAAACAAAUACUACAUACAUUAUUUGGCUUUAUCUUUCCUGUCUUUUACAGCAGAUGUUGUUUCUCCUUGUCUUAACUUACUUUUUUUCUUUAUGUCAGAUACCCUUUCUGUUGCAACCCUCCAUUUAUCUGGACUUUUGACUAACACAAAGUAACUUGGAGUUCCCUUCAAUGUUAGACCUUUGCUUUACAUGAGAAUUUAAAUGUUUAUUCUAAAUUGUUAUUCUGAAUUCAUUUAUAAUAAAAAAAUACAUAUGACUCAACUAGUUGCUAAUUGGCAAGCAUGGAGUGCUCAGGUCAAAGAAUAAAUAAUGCAGAAAAAAAUAUAUUUCAUACUACUACAUUGGGAUUCUUCAAAAAAUAUGUAAAAAAAUACCCAUUGAUGAAUAACAUGUCUUAAAAAUGAAUGAAUCACCACAGUGCUUUACUACAAGUUCAAGGAAAGAAGAUGUUACAAAAACACAACUAAAACUGAAUUUAUUGUAAGUUUGCGCUACCUCAGCCAAAAGGGAAAAGCAGAAACGUCACAAAAGUUCUUUUAUGUCUUUGUCUCUAUAUCUGUGUCUGUUUUUAUGAAUUGUAUGAAGUUGUGAUCCCUCAAAUGUGCGCUGACCCAGACCUUAACCUAAACUUAACUUUUGCCUUGUGUCUCUGAAGAAGUUGUUUACCAUUUUAGAUUUUUCACAUUUUAUCACACACUGUUAUCAGUAUUUUUCCUAUUUGCCAGCUGCACUGUAAAGAUGUUUAAGGGCAUUUAGUUUUUUCACAUGACACAUGCCAUGGUGAGCUACUAAAGGGAUUUCCCACAAUUCAACCAGUGUUUUUAGUUAUUUUAAAUGUUGUCUUUGGGAAAACUGCAAUUCUUGUUAUUAUUUUAAGAAAAGGGAAAAUUUUCCCAGUGUUUCUUAAAUGUAUUGUCUAUCACCUGAAGUCAAAUGAAAUGAUGUAAGUUGCCUUUUAAAAACCCUGUGUACAACAAGUUUAGAUUUAUUAUUGUAUUAUUUACAUUUAAAUUGGUGGUUCACAGCUGGUGGGUCUCAUCUCAGAGUAGACCAUGGGGAAUACAUUUUUUGAAGGUUAAUGUUGUUCAACUUCUUUGAAGUUUAUAUAUUGUUUUAAUGAAUCUGACUUGGUUAAUCUGUUUUUAAAAUGUGUGCGAAAACUGUACAAAAAAUACAACUCUGUGAUAAGUGGGUUAUAAUAAAGCAAUUAAUAUAUGAUAAUUUAUAAUCAAAUUAGGCCACAAAAAUGGAAGCUCACCAGUUGAUAACCACUAAUUCAAAUGACCUGCCUAUAUGUUGUAAUCAUGAUCAAUUUAAAGAUAUUUUGAGAUCCUAAAGACAUCAUGAGACAGAAAAGCCAGUUUGACAUGUUUGCACUCUGACCUUUGUGACUGUUGUCUCAUCACUGCCGCACUUUAUACUUUAUUAAGCAACUAAAAAUGCGUCCUGCACAAAUAGGCAGAGAAUAAUGCUUUUCAAUUGUAAUUUGUCUGUAUAAAUUAAGAUUUAAUUACAUAAUAAAGAUAUCAAAUGUCUUUUUUC